UGAGGUGUCACCCCCAGCAGGCACGGGCCGGAGCGCGGGCGCCCAGCAUGCCGACGCAGACCACAGGGAGGACGCUGCUCAGUCUGGUCCUCGGACUCCUGUUUGCAAGCAUGGCAGCUAUGGGCAGCUGCCCGGGAGAUUUCCACGUGCUCCUCGGCCAGCUGCAGAAGCAGGCACACGCCAUGCAGGACCCCAGCUCGCUCCUGGACCCCUAUAUGCGCAUCCAGGGCCUGGACUUCCCCCAGCUGAGAGAGCACUGCACGGAGCGCCCGGGCGCCUUCCCCAGCGAGGGCGCCCUGCGGGGGCUGGGCAGGCGGGGCUUCCUGCGGACCCUGGACGCCACGCUGGGCCUCGUGCUGCGCAGACUGGCCGCCGUGCAGCAGCAGCUCCCCGAGGCCGGGCGCCUGGGGAGGCCGCCCGCGGCGAGGCCGAGAGCCCAGGACUUGGAGAUGCUGAAGAUGGCCAGGCUGAACAUCCUCGGGCUCAGGAACAACAUCUUCUGCAUGUCCCGGCUGCUGGGCAGCUCCUGGGAUGUGGCUGAGCCCACGCAGGCAGCCCCGGGGACAUCGCCGCCGCCCACCCCCGACCCGGGCGCCUUUCAGCGCAAGCUGGAGGGCUGCAGGUUCCUGCGGGGCUACCACCGCGUCCUGAGCUCGGCCGGGCAGGUCUUCGGCGAGUGGGGGAAGAGCCCGAGCCAGGGCCACAGACACAGGCCCCCGCGGGCCCUGCCGGAGGAUGCCAGCAGAGCCAGACCUUCCAGGAGGGGCAGGAGGCUCGUGCCUAGGGGGCAGCUGCCCCGGUAGCCUUAGGGGCACCCUCGCAGGAGCAGGAUGCGGCAGGUGUCUGCGGAUGCCAGGGGCAGGAGGCAGGAGGGAGGACACCUCGGUCUCCAAAUCUGCUCCCACCCUCAGCCCGCUCAGAAGUGCACUUUAAGAGGUGGAAGCUGGGGAGGCCCCUCUACCUCCUCCGGGCUGGGGGUAGUGUCAGGCUGUGGCACCCCCAGCCCCGAGUUCCCAAGUCCCGGUGGGGUGGCCAGGUCAGGCCACGCAGGGCCGACUUUCCAUUGAUUCAGGGGUCUGAUGACACAGGGUGACUCACGGCUGGGCAGACUGCCCCCCUGCUGUGCUCCCCGGAGGCCUGUGGCCCUUCCCUCUCAUGACUUGCCGGGCUGGUGCCCCCAGACUUCCUCCUUUCCGUGGCUCUGAAGGGAGGUCACCGCCCCAGCGGGCUCCUAUGCCUCACUGCGUCUCGGCCAGACACCUGGAUGUCUGGGUGACCUCGCUGUAGGCAGCCGAACCAGGGGCAGGGUGUCCUAGAAGGAGAACCGAUCUGAGGGUCCAGGGAACAGGACUCAGGUCCCAGCCCAGCCCCCAACUUGCUGUGUGACCUCCGGCAGGUCACUUUACCUUCCUGGACCUCAGUUUUCUCUUUGGGAAGCCAGGGAGUUUGGGACCGUGUAAGGUCCCCUCUGUCUGUCUGUUGCUGGGACCGUGUGACAUAGGGUGGCCAUCAGAUUCUCUGUAAAUCAGGACACAAGGUGACAAUGGCGAUGGGUGGGUCAGGCCAGCUCUCCGCAGUCCUCCCAGCCGCGGGCAGCACAGCCUUGGGGCCUCGCUGCGGCUGCUCCCCCUGGUGGUGUCUCCUGGAAUUUUCUCACGCUGGAACCAUUGCCCUCCCAGAGGGCGUUCCAGAAGCUACUGGGCCGAUUCCCAGGAGGGACAUGAUUAAUUUAUCAAUUUUUAUCAGUUUCAUAUUUAUAAGGCCUAUUUAUGAUGUGUAUUUAAUGUUAAUAUUGUGCCAACAUGUAUUUAAAACUUGCCUGGUUUCUAAAG